UGGGUAGGACUUGUUCGUGAUUUUUACUCACAGGCUGUUGUAUGCUUCGACAAACAGCACUAACGCAUCGAUUAUCUCUACUUCGGCGGCUCUGUCUCUCACAAAGUUCUUUUCAAAACCUCCAAUUCCGCUCGCUUAAAAUGUCACCCCAAACGCCACUUGAUUUCAGCUCAGGUCCCAUGGUUUGGAUUGACUGCGAAAUGACCGGACUCGAUCCUAGAAAGGGUAAGAUCUUGGAAAUUGCAGUACUGAUCACGAAUGGUAACCUGGAGCUUGUCGAUGAACGAGGCAUCCAGUUCGUUAUCAGGACUGACGAGGCACUUUUGAAUUCUAUGGACGAGUGGUGCAGAGUUCAACAUGGAAAGUCUGGUCUAACGCAAGCCUGCAUGACAUCGCCUCACACAAGAGAACAUGUUUCAAAAGCUGUUUUGGAGUACAUCAAGAAAUGGGUGCCGCAAAGACGGACUGCAGUUUUAGCUGGAAACUCGGUCCAUGCAGACCGGUCAUUCUUGGUGGAGGAAAUGCCUGAAGUUAUCGACUGGCUUCAUUACCGGAUUGUUGAUGUGUCAUCAAUAAAAGAAUUAUGUCGUAGAUGGUACCCGGACAAUCAAGUUCCGAAGGACCCAUUAGCCGGAAAACAUAGAGCUUCUGAUGACAUCAUGGAUUCGAUUCAAGAAUUAUCAUGGUACCGCCAAAAUAUCUUCGUUCACACCGUGUCUAGGAAGACACGUUGACGAGUAAUAUCUUUCAUAAUGCAAAACUCUAUAAUCCCUGCACCGUAUUAGUGUUAGGCUAGUCUAAUCAUGCGACCACGAAUGGGGUGCAUGCAUGCAGGGCGCAUAAAUUGGGCGGGGUCCCAUAACUGUGGAAAAAGAAAAAGAAAUUCAGCAUCUUUACCCAUGUUGCUUUCUGCGCAAGUUUAAGGCACGAGAAUCGAUAUAGACAUGUUACU